AUGGCAACCCCUGAAGGUACUGACUUGAAAGACGUCGACACCCAGUUGGAGACUCUCAUUCCAAUCGAAGAUCUUCAACAGGAGCAUGACAGCUGCUUUGGAUACCAAGAGGAACUCCAAAAGCUCAAUGGCGAGCCCACGCUGUGGCCAAGCUUCUGGGAGCAAUACUUAAGCAGCAUACAUGAAAACGCUACCCUUUCCAAGAUCGAGAAAUUCCAGUACCUGGGAUCUCUUCUCGUUGGACGGGCGUCUGCUGCGAUUGAGGGACUCCAGGCCACGGAAGCUUGCUAUGAUGAUGCAUUGGAGUUGCUGAAAAAACGUUUUGGUGAUAGACAGAAGAUAGAACACGAGUAUUUCUCCCGUCUGCGUCAACUUUCCCAUAUUCGCUCUUCGCACGAUACUGAUGGACUGAGGAAGAUGUAUGAUCAGACCCAGUCUAGUAUGCGGGGAUUAAACUCUCUCGGAAUAACUGCUGGAAGUUACGCAGCGAUGAUGAACGACAUUCUCCUGAACGCGUUGCCACAGGACAUGGUUUUGGACUACCAUCGUAGGAAACAGCAACAACCAGCACAGCUCGAAAACUCCGAAAAACAGUUAGAGGAUCUCCUCGAUUUUCUCUAG